CACAGGUUUCGUACGCGUUUGUGCUUGAAGAUUUACAGGAGAGCGCCGGUAGCUCAAGUCUCUGCUAUAUACAGAACCACUUAUCACUGAGCCGCCGUUUGGACAACAUUAGAACCCGGAAAGAGUCGGAUUCGGCGUUAUUCCCUAACGUGUAUUUUUUUUUUAGACAACGAUCUCAACUUUAAUAUGUUGGAGACUUUCUGAUUUGGAUGAUUUACCCAGAGGACCCAGUGGGAAAAGAAUUUCUGAUGAAGGUUUAGUCUGAUCAAAGGUGUUCGCCAUGUCAUAUGGAGCGGAAUUUCGGCUAGCGCUGGUUUGCGCCUGAUCCGCGAAUGGAUGUGCGUUUUUAGCGCGAGUGAAAAACUCAUCAGAGGCCGUUUAUCUGGACGGGAUGAGUUUCCAGAGAGGGCUGCGCAUGCCCUUAGGUUACUCUGGGUUUUGCUAGCGCUCACUGGGAAUGUCGGAAGUCGCUGAACUAUAAGGGCAUUUUCUUUUAGACGCAAAGCUGUCAAGAAAAGAAAGUUUCACACCUGUGAAGUAAUCAUUAGGACAGGAGGCUCAGGAUGAAAAGAUGGCAACCUUGCUGUUUCCACCGGGUUCCGACAGCUUGCACCGGUUCACUCGUGAAUCCCUGGCUGGCAUUGAGCAGCGGAUCACCGAAGAAGAGGCGCAGAAGGCCAGGGAGUACCAGGAGGACUUGGGUGACGUGGAGACUCCCAAGCCCCGGGCAGACCUGGAAGCUGGGAAGCAGCUGCCCCGCAUUUUUGGAGACAUUCCAUCAGAACUGGUGGGGGUGCCGCUGGAGGACAUCGACCCAUUUUACUUCCAGAACAAGAGAACUUUUAUAGUACUAAACAAAGGGAAGGCCAUCUUCCGAUUUAGUGCCACAUCUGCACUCUAUAUUUUUAGCCCUUUUCAUCCUGUUAGAAGAGCAUCGAUAAAGAUUUUAGUACAUUCUUUAUUCAGUCUGUUCAUAAUGUGCACUAUUUUGACAAACUGUUGCUUCAUGGCCAUGUCGGAGCCAGUCCAGUGGGCCAAGUAUGUCGAGUACACCUUCACCGGCAUUUACACUUUUGAGUCGUUGAUAAAAAUUUUGGCAAGAGGAUUCUGCAUCGGACCAUUCACCUUCCUGCGAGAUCCAUGGAACUGGCUGGACUUCAGCGUGAUUGUCAUGGCAUAUGUUACUGAGUUUGUGGACCUGGGCAAUGUCUCAGCGUUACGGACGUUCAGAGUCCUACGAGCACUGAAAACUAUCUCGGUCAUACCAGGCCUGAAGACCAUUGUUGGUGCCCUGAUUCAGUCAGUAAAGAAGCUAGCAGAUGUCAUGAUCCUGACUGUGUUCUGUCUGAGUGUAUUCGCUCUCAUCGGCCUUCAGCUCUUCAUGGGUAACCUACGUCAGAAAUGCAUCCGCAGUACAGCCAACUGCUUCAACACCACCGACGCCUCUUUAUACAGCAACACCUCCUUCUUCUGCAAUAACAGAACCUGGUCAUCACUAGAGGAGUUCAACAUGGAUGAAGGUAACUAUUUCAAAGAGGAUGGAUCCCGGGAUGCCUUAAUAUGUGGAUUUGCAAGUGAUGCUGGAAAAUGUCCAGAUGGUUUUGUCUGUAUGAAGACAGGACGUAAUCCAAACUAUGGCUACACCAGCUUUGACACCUUUGGCUGGGCAUUUCUCUCUCUCUUCAGACUCAUGACACAGGACUACUGGGAAAACCUAUACCAUCAGACGCUACGGUCUGCGGGAAAGACCUAUAUGGUGUUCUUUGUGGUGGUGAUCUUCCUGGGCUCCUUCUACCUGGUGAAUCUGAUCCUGGCAGUUGUAGCUAUGGCCUAUGAAGAGCAGAACCAAGCUACCCUUGCUGAGGCGAUGCAGAAAGAGAAAGAGUUUCAGCUCGCCAUGGAGCAGCUAAAAAAAGAACAGCAAGCAGCUCACAAAUCUCAGGAGACUGAGUCAGUGUUGGCUCCUGACCUGUCUCCCUUGGCUCCUCAAGAAGACAAAGAGCACAAGAACAGGAAGAAAAGCCUGAGGCCACUUUCAGAAAAGAUGGAGAACGAUGGUGAUGAAAAGUCACCAAAGCAAGAUACUUUAGAGGGAACAAAGCAAUCGAAUGCUUUGGUGGUGCGAACUCUGUCGUCGUGGACCAAACGGGAAAGCCAGGCCAGUAUCUUUAACUUCCGUCUGCGGAGCAAAGAAUCUGAAACAGACGCUGACGAUGAAUUUAGCAAUCAUGGUGAUCCGGAUAGUCGUCCUGGCUCUCUUGUCUUGCCCUGGCAAAGGAGGCGGAUUAGUGCACAAAGCACAAGCAGUCAUGGCUCUCAGGUCUUCUACCCCAGCCUCAAUAUCAACGGAAAGCUGUUUGUUGCUAUAGAUCAAAAUGGCAUCUCGAGUCCAGGACCACUGACCCCUCUGCCAUUACCUGCAUGCACCAUGGAGAAGGUCAAAGAAGAACGUGGAUCAAACGACCUGAGCAGUACGCUCCUCCCGCAGCUGUCCCUGGAGGGCCGAGACAGGGCGCUAAGUGCUACUAGCUACCUCACUGACGCCAUGGAAGAGCUGGAGGAAGCCCACCAGAAAUGCCAUCCCUGCUGGUAUACAUUUGCCCACAAGUACCUGGUGUGGACGUGCUGCCCUAGAUGGCUCAGACUGAAAGAGUGGGUCAAGAUCAUGGUAAUGGAUCCCUUUCUGGACCUGACAAUCACCAUCUGCAUCGUGCUCAACACACUCUUUAUGGCCUUGGAGCAUUACCCAAUGACAGACGACUUCAACAAGAUGCUUUCUGUGGGCAACCUGGUCUUCACAGGAAUCUUCACAGCUGAGAUGGUCCUGAAGAUCAUCGCCCAGGACCCAUACUACUACUUCCAACAGGGCUGGAACAUCUUUGACAGCUUCAUUGUUUGUCUCAGCUUGAUGGAACUUGGGCUUUCUAAUGUAGAAGGCCUGUCCGUCCUGCGCUCCUUCAGACUGUUGCGAGUCUUCAAGCUGGCCAAGUCAUGGCCCACACUGAACACCCUGAUAAAGAUCAUAGGCAACUCUGUGGGUGCCUUAGGAAACCUCACUCUGGUAUUGGCCAUCAUUGUCUUCAUCUUCGCCGUGGUGGGCAUGCAGCUGUUUGGGAAGAAUUAUGAGCUGUGUGUAUGCAAGCUCUCCAAGGAUUGUAAACUGCCACGAUGGCAUAUGAAAGACUUCUUCCACUCCUUUCUAAUCGUGUUCCGGGUGCUGUGUGGUGAAUGGAUCGAGACCAUGUGGGAUUGUAUGGAGGUUGCUGGACAGCCCCUUUGCAUCCUGGUCUUCAUGCUGGUCAUGGUGAUUGGGAACCUGGUGGUUCUGAAUCUCUUCCUGGCUCUGCUACUCAGCUCUUUCAGUGCAGACAACCUAUCAGCGCCGGACGAUGAUGGUGAGCUGAACAACCUGCAAAUUGCAAUAGGUCGCAUCCAAAGAGGGAUCCUGUGGCUGCGCCGGGCCCUGUGUGAUUUCUUCAAUGGCAACUUCAAGCGAAGACGUCAGAAGGCCAAAGAAGCAAAGGCCAUGCUGAAGCUGAAGAGGCUCAGCCAGCAGGCCCAGAGGGCUGAGGGCAACGGCACAGCAGGGGUCAUUGGUCGCACUGGAGAUAAGUGCGCCUCUCCGGAUGACAGCUACAUGACCAACCCCAACCUGACCAUCAGUGUGCCUAUUGCGCCUGGAGAGUCAGAUGUAGAGUUUCCAGAUGAGGAGGACGAUGAAGAUGAAGCUAGUGACAGCUCUGAUGAAGAGAAGGAAGUAGAAACCAAACCGAUUGACGACAUCAGCCUAUCCGAGGGCAGCACAAUUGACCUCCGAAAGCCUGGAGAGGAGGAGGAUGAAUACUCUGAGUUGGCAGAGGAGGACAUGGACCCGGAAAAUUGUUUUCCUGAUGUGUGCAUCCGUCAUUUCCAAUGCUGUGACAUCGACACUAGUGUGGGUCCGGGCAAGGUGUGGUGGCAGCUCAGGAAGACUAGCUAUCAAAUAGUGGAGCACAGCUGGUUCGAAUCAUUCAUCAUCUUCAUGAUCCUGCUGAGCAGUGGAGCUCUGGCAUUUGAAGACAUUUAUAUUGAACAGAGAAAAGUGGCCAAGACUGUGCUUGAGUUUGCAGACAAGAUUUUCACCUACAUCUUCAUCCUGGAAAUGGUACUGAAAUGGCUCGCAUAUGGCUUUAAGAAGUACUUCACCAACUACUGGUGCUGGCUUGACUUUCUAAUUGUAGAUGUGUCUUUAGUAAGCCUUGUAGCCAACACACUUGGCUACUCUGACUUGGCUGCCAUCAAAUCACUUAGGACCCUCAGGGCUCUCAGGCCACUAAGAGCUCUAUCCAGAUUUGAAGGCAUGAGGGUGGUGGUGAACGCAUUGAUUGGGGCCAUCCCCUCCAUCAUGAAUGUCCUGCUGGUGUGUCUCAUCUUCUGGCUCAUCUUCAGUAUCAUGGGCGUAAACCUGUUUGCUGGAAAAUUUGGCCGCUGCAUGAACCGCUCAGGCUUCGUCUACAAUGCCUCACACAUUAACAACAAGACCGAGUGCCUGGCUAUGAACGAUACCCAAUACUACUGGACGAAAGUAAAAGUCAACUUUGAUAACGUGGGUGCUGGCUACCUUGCACUGCUUCAAGUGGCUACUUUUAAAGGCUGGAUGGACAUCAUGUAUGCAGCAGUGGAUUCACGGGCUGUGGAGCAGCAGCCAAUAAAAGAGAUCAACUUGUAUAUGUACCUUUAUUUUGUGAUUUUCAUCAUUUUUGGUUCAUUCUUCACAUUAAAUCUGUUCAUCGGUGUGAUCAUCGACAACUUCAACCAACAGAAACGCAAGAUAAGUGGACAGGACAUCUUUAUGACUGAAGAACAGAAAAAAUAUUAUAAUGCCAUGAAAAAACUGGGAUCAAAAAAACCUCAGAAGCCUAUUCCUAGGCCUAUGAAUUCUAUCCAAGGAUUCUUCUUUGACUUGGUGGCAAAACAAGCUUUCGACAUCAUUAUAAUGCUGCUCAUCCUCCUGAACAUGUUGGCCAUGAUGGUGGAGACAGACGAGCAGUCCCCAUACAUGCAGUCCAUCCUGUAUAAUAUCAACCUGGCCUUCAUCAUCAUCUUCACUGCCGAGUGCAUUAUUAAGAUUAUUGCCCUCCGCUGCUAUUUCUUCACUGUCAACUGGAACAUCUUUGACUUUGUGGUAGUCAUUCUCUCCAUUGUGGGUAUCGUUCUCGCAGAUAUAAUUGAAAAAUACUUCGUUUCGCCGACACUUUUCCGAGUGAUCCGUCUGGCCCGAAUAGGACGUAUACUUCGACUCAUUCGGGGAGCCAAAGGAAUCAGAACGUUAUUAUUUGCCUUAAUGAUGUCCUUACCUGCAUUGUUCAAUAUUGGACUCCUGCUCUUCUUAGUCAUGUUCAUUUAUGCCAUCUUUGGAAUGGCAAAUUUUGCCUAUGUGAAGAAACAAGGUGGAAUUGAUGACAUGUUCAACUUUGAGACAUUUGGCAACAGCAUGAUUUGCCUUUUCCAGAUAACGACUUCAGCUGGCUGGGACAGCCUGCUCAGUCCCAUUUUGAAUAACUCCCCUGAAGAGUGUGACCCCUAUGUGCCAAACAUAGGUACCACUGUCAGGGGCAACUGUGGGAACCCCACAGUAGGCAUUACGUUCUUUGUUACUUACAUUAUCAUAUCUUUUCUCAUUGUGGUGAACAUGUACAUUGCCAUUAUCCUUGAGAACUUCAGUGUGGCCACAGAAGAGAGUACUGAGCCACUGAGCGAGGAUGAUUUUGAGAUGUUCUAUGAGGUUUGGGAGAAAUUUGAUCCCGAGGCCACGCAGUUUAUUGAGUACGCUAAGCUUUCGGAUUUUGCCGAUUCGCUCUCCGAGCCACUGCGUAUCGCUAAGCCUAAUAAAAUUAAGCUGAUUUCUAUGGACUUGCCCAUGGUGAGCGGUGACAAGAUUCACUGCCUGGACAUCCUGUUUGCCUUUACCAAGCGUGUGCUGGGCGAAUCAGAUGAAAUGGAUGCUCUCAAGCAACAAAUGGAAGAGAAGUUUAUGAUGGCAAAUCCAUCCAAAAUCUCCUACGAGCCCAUUACUACAACUUUACGACGGAAGCAAGAGGAGGUAUCAUCCAUCGUUAUUCAGAGGGCCUACAGAAGGCAUUUACUCCGGAGACAGUUGAGGCAAGCCUCGUUCAUAUAUCGACAGAUCAAUGUAGAAGGAGCUGCCAGCAGUGAGGAUGACAGCCCACCAGAGAAGGAAGGACUCAUAGCCUUCAUGUUGAAGGAGAAUUAUGGACCUGAGACAGAGGCUUUGUCCUUGACCUCCUCACCGCCGUCUUAUGACAGUGUGACAAGAGCCACUAGUGAGCUUUUCCAAGCUCUAAUACCUGAGCCCAGGAACAGUGACCUGUGCAAACCUGACCCUGACAAAGACCGUGAAACAUUUCUAUAACAUUAAGUAUAAAAUGCACUCACACACAUUAAUCUUCUUGUUACUUUGUUUUUUUUUUGUUUACAGAUUGUAACAUAGCUCAAACAACACUCUAAACUCUUGAUACCUGGGACUGUGCAUCAAGAUUUCAAGGUUUUUGUAGGACAAGUUGAUGUUUUUAAUUCUCCUGUGUUUCACAUUUUGUUUGAAUAUACAGGGGCAAAGUGUAGACAGCUCACAUUAACUUUGCUUCAGUUUAUAUGCAUGAGUGAGAUUCUGCAGCAGCUAACUGCAGUUAUAUCACAGAUGUACUAAAUCAUAUAUUAGAUUAACGAAAUACAAUUUAUCAACAUUUACAAAGUAUGCCUGACCAUCUGAGUUUAUUAAAAGGUCUUACUUAAAUUGGUGUGAUUUCCUUUUGACGAUAGAUUUCACACUACGUAGACGAUGCAAGACAUUAGAAAUUCAGUCUUGUUAUUGCUAUCAAUUACUCAUAUUACAAAAAAGAAAGAAAACAGUAAAACAUUUGGAUACAACCAAGCAUGAAAAUGACUUAUGUCCAGUCCAGGUUGUGUCAGUAGCGAUGAGAGGGGGAGCAAAACAAGUGGGAAUAUUUGCCAGUACUAUGUUUUUGAUAGGUUGUUAGGCUUAUUUAUUAUUUUAUUUUAUUCAUUUUUUUUCCCUCCACAUUUUGCAUUUAUUUCUAUAAUGCAGUCUCUUACAAAUAGCCUGGUCUGGUUACAGGAUGCUAUAAUCAGGACUAGUAAAAGACAAUCAAACAUGACUCAGCAACGAUCUUUUAUGUACAACAUCCAUCUUCAUCCACAGCUACCAAAAGACUGAACAGGCCUUCAUUCAAAGUAUCAAAACUACUGCACAUGUAAACAUUUUUGUGUAUUUAUUUUAACUGUGAGUAUUUAUUUUGCAUGUUGGGAAAUGCAUCACUUAGAGAUGUAAUGGCCAUUUUUUCUUUCUAAGGCUGAAAAGGAAUUCUUAUUUUGCACAUAAUGAGUUCAGCAAUAAUUUGCUACAUUUCGAUAAAAUCUGAAUAUUGACUUUAGAUGUAUAUUUGAAUCCAGAAAAAAAAAUGUCAUUUAUACUAUAUUGACCUUAUGUCUAAGGGAAAUCUCUUGCUGGCUCCAUGACAUAUUCUUUUCCACAGAACGUUUGUUUUGUAUCUCAGACUCACAUGAAGAGAUUAAUCCACUUGUUUUUCAAGUCAGGUUAGCAAGUUUGUUGAAGGGCUGUUUUUGUAGCAAUAGACCCCAAGUGUGCCUGGUAGAACUUAAAUCCUGUUUUAUUCCUCUUCACCGGUGCAAAAGACUCGCCAUUAAAAGGCAUGGUGAAGCUGUUUCAUGUCUGAGGAUUACGUCAAUAACCAUUUACAUCCAAUGUAAUCCUAUCAUCUAGCCGAACUUAUUGUAGACUUCAAUCCAUUUGAGAUCAUUUUGAGCACAAGACAUAACUUUCAUCAAUUCAAAUGUAUAAUACAAGCAACCCUCAUUAACAACAAAAGAGCAUGGAAAACAAAAGUGGCACAGACUCCCACUGUUAACCAAUUUAUACAUAGAUAUUAUUUAAAAAAAAAAAAAAACGUAUUUAGAUGUUCUGCCAUAAUGGGAACAUUAUUAGAAUAAAGACAGCUACAGCUCUGCAUGUAUAAGAGUUGCAAAUUUGUUUAGAAGAAAACAACAAUAAGAAUAUAUUUUAAAAGAAAUGCAAAGGGCUUAUAACUAAAAUGAGAUCACUGCAGAUGAAUAAGUGAAAUGCAAGACAUCUGGAAUGUUUGCUGUUUGUCUUACAAGGAUGACCGAACAAUUGCUUCACCAACAUCAGGGUGUGGCUUAUUUGCUGGGAUAAUGUAUAUUUUGUGAGCCUCGAAAACAAAUCGGAUGAUCCUGUUUUCCUCAGUAAUCUAAGGAGGUACAUAUGGGGAUUGCUUGCAUUGUAUAACUUUUUAAAUAACAUUAUAUUUACAAAUGGUACCCAUUACAGUGAAUAAAUGUUACACAAGAUACAUUGUUUUCACUUCCUGGAAUGAAUCAGCUAUACAAGAUCUUUAGAUUAAAUAAUGUGUGGGAUGAAGUUAAUGUAGGUGCUGACGGCCUGUUCUCAGAUCUCUACUGUUACACCAGAGCAGAAAAGAUUAUCAUGAUUCUUCACAUACACACAUGAUGACAAAAGAGAGUACCUGGAAUUCUUGUGGGAAAAAAAAUUUUUUUUUUGCACAGGAGAGGAGCCAUAUAUUACCCAGAAGGAGGCUGGGUGUAUAAGCCUGUAUAAUGUGUGUGUCUAACAGCUGAGAAACUACAAGAUAGUAUAGGUGUAAGAUGGUGUGUGUACUGUAUACGUAAAGCGCUACAUCUUGCUGGAUGUACUAACCGCAGGUGGGUUGUAAGUGAUGGAGGCAGACCAGAUCGGUGUGGCGUUUAGACGAGGAGAUCUCAGGCCUCCUUCUGUUGAGCAUUUAGCAUCACUCUCAAACUGCUCUUGUUUGGUUUUACAAAACCAAAGAGCCUAUUCCGGUUACUUCAGCAAGAAGACGAGAGAAGGGCGACAUGAACCAACUAUGCUUGGAGGCGUAACUUUUAUUUUUGUAAUAUUUAGUAAAAUGCACGGUAAAACAGGGAGAGAAAAAUGUAUUUGGCUAAACUGCAAAAUUAAAUCCUAAGCACUCAUACUGGAAAGGACAGUUUAAGCAAAACAUACUUCUUUUUUAAAUUUUGGAUAACAAUUGUUGGAUGUCUCUGGCAUUUCCGUUUAUAACCUUCAUAAUAAUUGCUAAAACAUAUACAGUAUGCAUGACAGGUUACAAUAGAGUGUUCACUAAAACGCAACAGCUAUAGUAUGGAUUUAUUAAGUAGGAUGGCAUUUCUAACAUUCUUUUUCCCCUUGAAAAUAUCGUUUCUGUUGUCCCCCCUCAAAGACAUCCAUUAGCACAUGCACAAAGAAUGUAACAAAUGACACUUUCUACUUUCCAUAAUAAUGCUUUAGUACCCAAGUUGAUUGGAGAUUCACAAAAUAUGUAUUCAAUCACCCACAAAUAAAGCACAGGGAAACUUUUCUAUCUGCUGUACAUUUAAGAUGCCAGUUUGUGAAAUACAAGAGCAGAAACAGGAAAUAAAAGGCAUAUUUUGUCUAUGCUUUGCAUAUAUAUAUGAUGUAUAAAUAUAAGUUAUCUGAAAGUAGUGUAUUUUAUAAAUAGUAGAAUUUGCUAAACUUGUAGUUUUUAUUUACAUUUUUCAUAAAAAAAGUUUAAAAAAAAAUCAGUGAUCAAAUUCUGAUGCUGCUUAAAGGGAGCUUGAACAGUGUGCGAUGAAAUAGUGAAAACUGAUCUGGUAUCAGGCUCCAGGGCUAAAAAUUCAAGCUAUAAGCCAGUAUGGACGGAUGAUCAAAACAGAGCCAGAAUCAGCAUCUGGAGUCCUAAAGGUAUAUACUCGGAGGCUCUUUGAGGUUAAAACAUAAGGCCUCAGUCGUGUGCCCCUCAAAAACAUUUUUGUGCCUGUUAAUUUAUUUACGUAUGUAAAUUUAUUUAUUUCUUUUUUUACAAUGUUAGAAUGUGCAUGCUGCAAUAUGACGACUUGUUUUCCAAAAAAAAGUUACACAUUUGUAAAUUUCAGUUGUGUGAUGCCCCUUUUCCCCGACCGACUGUUUGUUAAAAAGAAAAGGAAUUGCAAAGGAGAUACUGUCGACUGUAGUCCUCGCAAUCAGGACGUCU